AUGCCUCGCUCGCAGCGGGUUUUGCCAUCCUUCACCCUCGCCCUCGGUGGCUCAGUCACCCUCCGCGACUUUCAGCACGCCUGCAACCGGGAAAUUCAUAUUCCCAUCCAUGCUCUGCCUGACGACGAGAACCUCUUGGUGCGGCGUGUCCGUGACAUACAUCUCCCAGCCACUGAUUUCCCCGUCUUGUCCACAGCGCACGCUCCAGCCUUCAUCGUUUACAAGGCUGACUACUAUCCGGACCCAGAGGCCGCGUCCUUAUUUGGCGAUGCGCAAGAGGAACAAAUCUCAGAAGGCUUCUUUUGGCGACGCCUCAAAGCCGUCCUGCUGAAGAUCAAGGGCUUUGGAGGCCUCUUCACCAUCUGA